CGGGCGGACUGUGAGCGGCGGGGCUAGGACCCAGCGGCUCCGGCAGAGCGGAAGCGGCGGCGGGAGCUUCCGGGAGGGCGGCUCGCAGGCACCAUGACUCCUGUGAGGAUGCAGCACUCCCUGGCAGGUCAGACCUAUGCCGUGCCCCUCAUCCAGCCAGACCUGCGGCGAGAGGAGGCCGUCCAGCAGAUGGCGGAUGCCCUGCAGUACCUGCAGAAGGUCUCUGGAGACAUCUUCGGCAGGAUCUCCCAGCGGGUAGAGCAGAGCCGGAGCCAGGUGCAGGCCAUUGGAGAGAAGGUCUCCUUGGCCCAGGCCAAGAUUGAGAAGAUCAAGGGCAGCAAGAAGGCCAUCAAGGUGUUCUCCAGUGCCAAGUACCCUGCUCCAGAGCGCCUGCAGGAAUAUGGCUCCAUCUUCAUGGGCGCCCAGGACCCUGGCCUGCAGAGACGCCCCCGCCACAGGAUCCAGAGCAAGCACCGCCCCCUGGAUGAGCGGGCCCUGCAGGAGAAGCUGAAGUACUUUCCUGUGUGCGUGAGCACCAAGCCGGGGCCCGAGGACGAUGCAGAAGAGGGACUUGGGGGUCUUCCCAGCAACAUCAGCUCUGUCAGCUCCUUGCUGCUCUUCAACACCACCGAGAACCUGUAUAAGAAGUAUGUCUUCCUGGACCCCCUGGCUGGUGCUGUAACAAAGACACAUGUGAUGCUGGGGGCAGAGACAGAGGAGAAGCUGUUUGAUGCCCCCUUGUCCAUCAGCAAGAGAGAGCAGCUGGAACAGCAGGUCCCAGAGAACUACUUCUAUGUGCCAGACCUGGGCCAGGUGCCUGAGAUUGAUGUUCCAUCCUACCUGCCUGACCUGCCCGGCAUUGCCAACGACCUCAUGUACAGUGCCGACCUGGGCCCUGGCAUUGCCCCCUCUGCCCCUGGCACCAUUCCAGAACUGCCCACCUUCCACACUGAGGUAGCCGAGCCUCUCAAGGCAGACCUACAAGAUGGGGUACUAACAGCACCCCCACCGCCCCCACCACCUCCCCCAGCUCCUGAGGUGCUGGCCAGUGCACCCCCACUCCCACCCUCAACCGCGGCCCCUGUAGGCCAAGGCGCCAGGCAGGACGACAGCAGCAGCAGCGCGUCUCCUUCAGUCCAGGGAGCUCCCAGGGAAGUGGUCGACCCCUCCGGUGGCCGGGCCACUCUGCUAGAGUCCAUCCGCCAAGCUGGGGGCAUCGGCAAGGCCAAGCUGCGCAGCGUGAAGGAGCGAAAGCUGGAGAAGAAGAAGCAGAAGGAGCAGGAGCAAGUGAGAGCCACGAGCCAAGGUGGGGACUUGAUGUCGGAUCUCUUCAACAAGCUGGUCAUGAGGCGCAAGGGCAUCUCUGGGAAAGGACCUGGGGCUGGUGAGGGGCCCGGAGGAGCCUUUGCCCGCGUGUCAGACUCCAUCCCUCCUCUGCCGCCACCGCAGCAGCCACAGGCAGAGGAGGACGAGGACGACUGGGAAUCCUAGGGGGCUCCAUGACACCUUCCCCCCAAGACCCAGACUUGGGCCGUUGCUCUGACACGGACACAGCCAGGACAAGCUGCUGAGACCUGCUUCCCUGGGAGGGGGCUCCAUGACACCUUCCCCCCCAGACCCAGACUUGGGCCGUUGCUCUGACACGGACACAGCCGGGACAAGCUGCUGAGACCUGCUUCCCUGGGAGGGGGCUCCAUGACACCUUCCCCCCCAGACCCAGACUUGGGCCGUUGCUCUGACACGGACACAGCCAGGACAAGCUGCUGAGACCUGCUUCCCUGGGAGGGGGGCUCCAUGACACCUUCCCCCCCAGACCCAGACUUGGGCCGUUGCUCUGACACGGACACAGCCGGGACAAGCUGCUGAGACCUGCUUCCCUGGGAGGGGGGCUCCAUGACACCUUCCUCUCCCCCAGACCCAGACUUGGGCCAUUGCUCUGACAGGGACACAGCCAGGACAAGCUGCUGAGACCUGCUUCCCUGGGAGGGGGCUCCAUGACACCUUCCCCCCCAGACCCAGACUUGGGCCGUUGCUCUGACACGGACACAGCCGGGACAAGCUGCUGAGACCUGCUUCCCUGGGAGGGGGCUCCAUGACACCUUCCCCCCCAGACCCAGACUUGGGCCGUUGCUCUGACACGGACACAGCCAGGACAAGCUGCUGAGACCUGCUUCCCUGGGAGGGGGUGACAGAACCAGCACUGUGCGGAGAUGAGCUUCAAGGAGCGGAAGGCUGGCUUGAGGCCACACAGCUGGGGCGGGGACUUCUGUCUGCCUGUGCUCCAUGGGGGGACGGCUCCACCCAGUCUGCGCCACUGUGUUCUUCUCUUCUCUAAAGAGGCUUCCAGAGAAAACGGCACACCAAUCAAUAAAGAACUGAGCAGAAACCAACAGUGUGCUUUUAAUUAAGGACCUCUAGCUGUGCAGGAUGCAAACGUCUCGGGGUCAGUGACUGCCUCCUGCCCCUGUUGGUGCCUAGGCAGUGGGGGCGGAAGCUCCCAGCUGACCUGUUUCUCUGGGAUGAGAGGGAGGAGAGAAGGGCAGUCAGCAGGGGCAGCUGUUGCAGAUGGGAGGAAUAGUCUCCCACAAAAAAGGUUUCAGUGAUAGACACGGGGUGUCUAAAAAUAGUCAUGCUGAGAGCCUAAUGGCCCUUGGCACAAUUGCUGGUGUUGGGGUAGAAGAUGUCUUGGAGUUUGCUCAAGUGGUUGAGAGGGAGGGAGGUGCUAUCGACUUGGAGGAACUGGCACCAAGCCAGGGAGAUACAAAUCCAGGCAAGGCUAUGGGGCAGGUUAGGGAGCAAGGCUGCAGGAGUGACUCAGGAAGAAGGUGGGGGAGGUGACAAGCCCCCAGGCAGGGGCCCUGUGGCCAUGGGGAUCUUUUUAAAUUAAGACUAGGGGGUGAAUAGUCCAGGGCAGCUAACUUUAGUUAUUAUGGAAAGGGCAGAAGCAGAUGGGUGUCCUCCGUCUCGCUUCUAAGAAGGUGGGCAGGACAGAAAUGGCAGCCUCCUGCAGAGGCCCAGUGAGAAGCCUGGCCCUCUGCCACGCAGGAUGGAAGACAGAUUGGAUUCCACAGAGGGGAGCUGCCCUGGGAAGAUCUCACGGAUGGCCAGGACUCACCAUUUCUUUGGGAUUCCCCUGUUUUCUCCAACGGGCACUAAUGCCUGUGCCUGGGUCCUGGCAACACUCUGGACUCCACACUCUCCUGGGUUUCACCUUUGUAGCAGGAUGCCUGCAGACCAGGCCCAUGACAAACACCGUCUCCAGCGGGCAGAGCAAAGGAAGGGCGCAGCGCCAGGCAGUGGUGCAGCUGCCUGUCAGGAAGAGGCCUACUUCUGGUGAAACUGGGCAGACAAAAGGCAGUGAGAAAUGUGAUCUCGGGGUGGUGGAGGCUCUCGGGAAAGGAAAAGGCAGGAGUGAACUUCCACACAGCAGCAAUGGCAGAAACAAAGGUGGCUUUGACUUCCACGAGGGCUCAGAUCCAGGCCAACAGCUUGUCCAGGACAGGGUGCCGGGUGUAUCACUGGUCCAGGAGCACUAUGCUGGCAGAAUCCCUUUGGUGCCUGAUGGCCCUGCCUUCGUGGGAACAGAGGCUAAGGCUUUGAGUUACAGCUGCCUCCCCAACAGUGCAUCCCCCUCUCCUUCCUCAGCCUCAGGUGGGAGACAGGGCAGGCAACCCCCCUUUCCUCUUCUCCCCUUCUCCAGCCCCUGUCUGUCCACCCAGCUGGAGGCAGCCAGGCUUGCCUAUGGACUGGUUGACAGCCUUCAUGCACAGGUUCUCCACCAGAGCCUUUCUUGGGGGCCCCUGGCCUGGGCUCUGAGCUGGGAGUGAAGGGGAUGACCCAUGCGGACUGUUUCCUGCUUGUAGCGUUCCCUGGGAAAGACUCUGCCAGGCCUUGGAGCCAGACCAGAGGGCUUUAUAGGCCACCGCAAGCAGCAGGGCUCCAGAUGACAUCACAGGGAAGAUCAAGAGGGUGUGGAGGGGCAUCCAAGCCUCCCCAGGAGACAGGAGACGCCGGCCCAGCAGAGCCCUAGGGAUGACGCCACUCCCACUCACUGCCUACUCUCCUCUCACCUCUGCAACACUGGGGACACUCACAAGAGUGUGAUCCAAGUCGGCCGUCGUCUUCUGCAGCUCUGGAGACCUGAUGCUGGGGAAGGGCAUGCCUGGCAUCACCACACACCUGGGGGGAGACAGGAGGCUGGGGCCGGUGGGCCCACACAUCACCAGCUGCUCCGUUCUACCAUUUCUUCAGCCCUCUUGGCUGUGCCUGCGGCUCUGCCCCUCCCCUCUCUGCACCUACCACCCGGAGAGGGCUUGUUCAGCUCAGAGAUCCCACCUAGGCCAAUCCACUGGGUUCUGCGGCAGCGAUGGCCUGCCUGAUCUUCCACCUGCUCUGCCAGGGCCAAAGCCAGAGCUGCUGAGCCCUCCCUCCAGCCAGCUGGUCUGAGCAGUCACAGCCCGGCUUUGGGCUCUGAUGGCAGCAGACGGCAGGUAGGGGUCCAGCUGCUGGAGCGAGGGCCGGCCACGUAUCACAGCCAAGGAGAUGAGCACAAGCACUACUUACUGGCCUAGGUUGUCAGAGAAGUUGAUGCUCUCACUCAUCUUUCCUCCAAUCUUUCCCCCAUGCCUGGUUGUGGUAUUAAGUUACAUGCAGACAACAGGGGCCAGAAUAUGAACAAUGGCCCAUCCCACUCUAGGCAUGGCUCCUCUCCACAGGAAAACUCCACUCCAGUGCUCAGCUUCCACCCUGGCACAGGCCAGCAGUUGCUGGAAGUCAGACACCUGCAGAUCAAGACCACAGCAUCAAGACCCUGUGACCUCCCAAAGGUCCGGUAGAAAGGACACGGGAAGUCUGGGCUAAGAGACAGCAAAUACACAUGAACAGAGAGAAGAGGUCAAAGAAAAGGCUGACGGCAAGUUAAGAAAAAGAAAAAUGGUGAAUGAUACCCGGUGCUGGCAAUCUCGUUUAAACUACAUGCAGGAAAAGCAAAGGAAAUCCGGCAAAUUUGCACAGUCAGUCUCAUCACCGGCCAUGCAGCAAAAUCAUCAGUGGAAAUUAAAAAAAAUACACAUGGCCAGGCCCCAGCCCAAAUCACUAAUAAGAAUCUCCAGAGCUUCACCUGUUAGACUGGCAAAAAUCCAAAAGUAAACACUUUGUGGAGAAACAGGCAUUCCUAGACAUUGCUGGUGGGAUACAGAACAGUACAAUUCUGAUGGUAAUCAGUUAACAAAUUAAACAUAUUUAUUUUAUACUUUUAAACCCAGGAAUCCCAUAUUUAGGAGUCUACUGAGACCAAACAGCAUAUGCUCCGGGUGUUUCCCUGUAAUCCGCCACUACUGUUGGAGCAAGAGGGCCCGGCAGUGUCCCCAGCUGCCAGCAGGCGGGCGUGCUGCCACUACACUUUGAGCAAGAGGACCCUGCAAUAUCUCUAGCUGCCAGCAGGCGGCGUGCCACCACUAUACAGUAAGCAAGAGGGUCCUGCAGUGCCCCGGCGCCAGCAGGGGGCGCUGGCCACCACUCUAAGCAAGAGAGCCCUGCAGUUGCCCUAGUCGCCAGCAGGGGGCGCCCUGGCACAGCACCGUGAGCAAGCGGGUCCUGUAGUGCCCGGCUGCAAGCAAGGGACGGUCGAGGCCGGCUUUUCGGAUUACUGAGGUUCCACCGGUCUCUGUGCCGCGCCGCCGCGACGUGAGUUUCUGCGCGUGCAUGGCGCCCCCCCCCCGCCGCCCCCAGCCUGGCGCCGUGCAACUUUGCUCCUGCGCCUGCGCCACGACUCCACCCCAGACGCGCUAGCAUGUGUCCGUGCGCCUGCGCCGGCGCGGCGCGCCUCUCUGCGCCUUUGAGACGGCGGACUUGCGUUCUACUCAGCACAGACCCGGAGAGCACCGCGAGGGCGGAGCUGAGUUCUCUGCACAGAUUUCGGUGGUACUGCGAAGGCGGAGCAGAGUUCUCGUCAGGUGGACACGCCCCCACUGAUAUUCCUUCUAAUUGCAACGUGGGAGAGGAGGAUAUGACACGCGAUAUCGCAGGGAGCAGAAACACCCCUGUGAUACUGUUCUUCAUAUUCAGGGAGGAAGAGGAUAUUACUCCCAAUAGAGACGGGUGUACACCCUCUGUACACCGAGGGUGUACACCCGUCUGUGAAAGAGUUCAUAAUCUCCAGAGGGGGAGAUGAUAUUACUCACAAUAUGGUAAAGAGGCUGUGAGUCCACGGAGGAUCCUCAGAGCCAGCGGGGGAAGAGGGGCUGGCUCUCAGUCCCCGCCUCGCGGGGGUGCCUCCCCCCACUGCAAUGGGGUAAGAGGGGCUGGCUCUGAGACCGCUCCUCGCUGGGGGUGCCUCCCACCACUGCGAUGGGGGUCCUAAGAGCCAGUGGGGGAAGAGGGGCUGGCUCUGAGACCCCGCCUUGCUAGGGGUGCCUACUCCCCCUGCGAUGGGGGUCCUAAGGGCCAGUGGGGGAAGAGGGGCUGGCUCUGAGACCCCGCCUCGCUGGGGGUGCCUCCCCCCGUGCGAUGGGUGUCCUAAGGGCCAGUGGGGGAAGAGGGGCUGGCUCUGAGACCCCGCCUCGCUGGGGGUGCCUCCUCCCCCUGCGAUGGGGGUUCUAAGGGCCAGUAGGGGAAGAGGGGCUGGCUCUGAGACCCCGCCUCACUGGGGGUGCCUCCCCCCCUGCGAUGGGGGUCCUAAGGGCCAGUGGGGGAAGAGGGGCUGGAUCUGAGACCCCGCCUCGCUGGGGGUGCCUCCCCUUCCUGUGAUGGGGGUCCUAAGAGCCAGUGGGGGAAGAGGGGGUGGCUCUGAGACCCCGCCUCGCGGGGGGUGCCUCCCCCCCUGCGAUGGGCGUCCUAAGAGCCAGUGGGGGAAGAGGGGCUGGCUCUCAGUCACCGCCUCGCGGGGGGUGCUUCCCCUUCCUGUGAUGGGGGUCCUAAGAGCCAGUGGGGGAAGAGGGGCUGUCUCUCAGUUCCCGCCUCGCGGGGGGUGCCUCCCCUUCCUGCGAUGGGGGUCCUAAGAGCCGGGGGGGAAGAGGAGCUGGCUCUCAGUCUCCGCCUCACGAGGUGCCUCCCCACCUUGCGAUCGGGGUCCCAAGAGCCAGGAGGGAAGAGGGGCUGGCUCUCUUUGUGGAUGAUUCUUUUUCCAUUCUCAGACAGUUUUCUUUUUUCUUUCUUUUUUUUUUUUUGAGACUGAGUCUUGCUCUGUUGCCCAUGCUUUGCUGGAUCUCGGGUGACUGCAACCACUGCCUCCCAGGUUCAAGAGAUUCUCCUGCCUCAGCCUCCUGAGUAGCUGGGACUAGAGGCGUGUGUCACCACACCCAGCCUCCCAAGGUGCUGGGAUUGCAGGUGCGAGCCACCGGGUCCAGCCUCUCAGGCGAUUUUCAUACCUGCAUACUCUGAUCACUACUCUGUUAAACAGUGAAGGAGGCUGAGUGCCACGUGCUGACAUCAGUAAGAUCAAUACAGCAAACUCUGAAAGAUGGACAAAGAGACAGGAGAUGGUCCUUUAUAAUGCAGUGUGAUCUGUGCUGCAAUAGAGUUUUGGAAGCUAGAAGUUCAAAACGAGGUGUUGGCAGCACCAUGCUCUCUCUGAAGAUGCUACGAAGAAUCUGCUCCAUGCCUUUCCAUUCGCUUCUGGGGUUUCCUGCAAGCCCUGACAUUCCUUGGCUUGUAGAUGCAUCACCCCAGUUUCUGCCCCCAUCAUCACAUGGCCUCCUCUCUGCGUGUGCCUCUGCAUUUCCUCUAUUCUUCUAAGGACACCGACACCAGUCAUAGUGGAUUAAGGGUCCACUCCUAACUAAUUACAUCUGCAACAACCCUAUUUCCAAAUAAAGUCACAUUCUAAGA